CUGCACUUUUACAGAGCCACGUAGAGUGCAAAUGCCAAAUUAAGCAAACAGUACACGAGAAAAACACAUACACCCUGAAAAAAGUUGUGAAUUUCAAACUUAAAAUUUGAGAAAAAAUGCAAUUAAUGUGAGUGAAUCCAGUGGAGAUUACAGUUUGGAGGGGUUGUUUAUGUAUGCCAAUUUUGUCCCUAAAUUUGCUUCCAAACACAAACCCCACUUGUAUAUAAUCAGCAUUUGUUGUGUCUGAGAUUGCAUUUUCUUCCUAGGGUGUUAUUUAUUUUUGGGGUUCUUGAAGGGGCAAAUUUUUAUACAAGAUUUUCUUGAGGUUUUGAGAGUGAGAGUGAAUGCUGUUGUGAAAAUGGCUGAUUCUCCUUCCCAGAAAGAAAUUGAAGAUGGGCUAAAAGAUUGUGCGAAUAGCCUCAUCAACAUUCCUCAUUCUACUGAAGAGCUCAUCAGUCUUCUUGAUAAAGUAGAAUCUCUGUUGAUAAAGGUAGCUCAAGCCCCUGACGAUUCAAUGAAAGAUGCCCUUCAACCAGUAAUGGAAGCUGUGGUCAGAAGUGAACUUCUAAAGCACACUGAUGCAGAUGUUAUAGUUUCUGUUGUAUCUUGUAUCUACGAGAUCUCUAGAAUAUCUGCUCCGCUGCAGCCUUAUGAUGAUGAACUAAUGAAGGAGAUUUUCCAGCUUACUGUAAGAACAUUGGAAGAGCUGUCUCAUUCAGGCCGCCGUUAUCGUAAGGCUGUGAAUGUACUUGAAACUGUGGCAGAAGUCAAGGCCUGUUUGAUAUUGCUGGACCUUGACUGUCAUGCAUUGGUUGUCGAGAUAAUCCGGAUGUUUCUCAGGAUCAUCAGGGCCGACCAUCCUAAUAAUGUAUUCACAAGCAUGGAAGUAAUCAUGAUUCUGUUCAUUGAAGAAAGUGAUGAAAUCAAUAUGGAGCUUCUUCAGCCCCUUCUUGAUAGCCUCAGAAAGGAAAAUCAAAUCUGGUCACCUAUCUCGUCAAAGUUGGGAGAGAAGGUCUUGAAAGAAUGUGCUUCCACCGUUAGACCUUGUCUUCUCAAAGCCCUCAGAUCAAGAAGCAUGGAUCUUGAUGAAUAUCCAGAAAUCAUUGCCUCUAUUUGCAAUGAAAUUCCCAAGGGAGAACAAAUGACGGAAAAUGAAAAUGUGACUGCUGAAAAAGUUGGUACAUCUGCUGCUGUUAUCUGUGAGACACUGCUGGAGGAUGGGCCGCCUUCAAAUAAUAAUGGCACCUCUUCAAAAACAUUACAGCAUUGCAGUCAGAUGGAGCAGCCAAAGAAUAUUGGUGUUAGCAAUUGUAAGGUCAAAUCCGGUAGCAAAAGAAAACCACGUCAGAGCUCAAGGAAGAGAGGAUCUGUUCCGAAAGGUGAUGUGGACACCACUUCUGGUCUUAACAUUGUAAAAAGAAAAGAGAACCUUACUGAUGCUGAGGAGUCAUCAGAGCAACAAAUUGAUGAAAAGAAACAGAAGAAAGAGAUUCAUGAUAUAGAAGAAUCAGGAGAUGAGGAGAUUAAACUAUCAUUUGAGGAUGAAAAUCUCUCCAGCCAAUUGGCCAAGACAAAGCGUCGGAGGAAGCUUACCAUAAGAAAGGAUCAGGAUUCUAAAAGGCGUCAGUACACCAAAAAAUAUGGAGAAGAAAUAGUUGGUACCAGAAUAAGAGUUUGGUGGCCAUUGGACGAAAUGUUCUAUGAGGGUGCAAUUUCUGGAUUUGAUCAUGUGACAAAGAGGCAUCAGAUCGCAUAUGAUGAUGGUGAAACGGAAACCUUGAAUCUGAAUAAGGAGCAGUUUGAGAUUCUUGAAGACAAUCCAUCUGACAAGAAACAUGAAGCAGAUCUUCAAUGCAAUGAUGUUUCAUCUGUUCCAUCCACAAAGAAGAAAGCAAAAAGAACCUCCUCAAUGAAAAAGGAACCCGGAAUCUCGUCAUCCAAAAGGUCUAAAAGAAAUCCCCAAAAGUGUGACAUUGGGUCCAUGGAUAUUCCAAUUCCAGAUAAGAUGAAUGCUGAAGUUGGUUGUGAAACAAGCAGUGGGAAAAAAGAACUUGUGGACAAGGAAGAUAAAGAUACCACACAGAAGCAGAGACUCAAGAAUUGCAAAAUUGCCUUAGAGAACUCAUUGACGCUUGAAGACCAUCCAUCUGACAAGAAGCACGAAACAGAUCUUCAAAGCCGUGAUGUUUCAGCUGUUCUAUCCACGAAGAAGAAAGUAAAAAAAACCUCCUCAAUAAAAAGGGAACCCGGAGUCUCAUCAACCAAAAGGUCCAAAAAAAAUCCCCGAAAGAGUGACAUUGGUUCCAUGGAUAUUCCAAUUCCAGAUAAGAUGAAUGAUGCUGAUGACAUUGGUCUUGAAACAAGCAGUGGGAAAAAAGAACUUGUGCAGAAGGAAGAUAACGCUAUCACACAGAAACAGAGAUCCAAGACUUCCAAAGUUUCCUUUGAGAGCUCAUUGGCACUUGAAGUCCAUUCAUCUGACAAGAAGCAUGAACCAGAUCUUCAAAGCAAUGAUGCUUCAUCUGUUCCAUCCAUGAAGAAGAAAUCGAAAAGAACCCCCUCAACAAAAAAGGAACCUGGAGUCUCGUCAUCCAAAAGGUCUAAAAGAAAACCCAAAAAGAGUUAUGUUGAAUCCCUGGAUAUUCCAAUUCCAGAUAAGAUGAAUGAUGCUACUGAUGUUGGUUGCGAAACAAGCAGUGGGAUAAAAGAGCUUGUGGACAAGGAACAAGUUGCCUUUGAGAGCUCAUUGGCGCUUGAAGUCCAUCCAUCUGACAAGAAACAUGAACCAGAUCUUCAAAGCAAUGAUGCUUCAUCUGUUCCAUCCAUGAAGAAAGCAAAAAGAACCCCCUCAAUAAAAAAGGAACCUGGAGUCUCGUCAUCCAAAAGGUCUAAAAGAAAACCCAAAAAGAGUUAUGUUGAAUCCCUGGAUAUUCCAAUUCCAGAUAAGAUGAAUGAUGCUGCUGAUGUUGGUUGCGAAACAAGCACUGGGAUAAAAGAAUUUGUGGACAAGGAACAAGUUGCCUUUGAGAGCUCAUUGGCGCUUGAAAUCCAACCAUCUGACAAGAAUCAUGAGACAGGUCCUCAAAGCAAUGAUGUUUCAUCUUCUCUAUCCACGAAGAAGAAAGCAAGAAAAACCCCCUCAACAAACAAGGAACACGGAGUAUCUUCAUCCAAAAGGUCUAAAAGAAAAGCCCAAAAGAGUGACACUGAGUCCCUGGAUAUUCCCAUUCCAGAUAAGAUGAAGGAUGCAUCUGAUGUUGGUUGUGAAAUGAUCAGUGAGAAAAAACAACUUGUGGACAAUGAAGAUGACAUGUUCGCACAAGCAGAGUCCAAGACAUUAGAAGUUGCCUUGGAUAGCUCAUUGACGCCAGUGCACUCACAGCAUUGUCAAAAUGAAGGAAGCUAAAAUAUAAAGAUGUUAAAAGUUUUUAUUUGGGGAAAAGUCAGUAGUCAUUAGUCGUUACUAGUUCAAAUCUGAAAACUUUGUACUAUUAUUGAAUUCCAUAGCUUCUAACUUUGAAAGCUAUGAGAUCAUUAGUUUAAUUAUUUGAAUGUACAGCUGGUGGAUUCCAUGCUCAACCAAGUUCAUGGUGGUGCAUCGCCUUUUUAAGGACAUGAAUGAUUAUCCAACUGCUUCUUCCUGUUAUUUGUUUGUUUUCCCUUUUGCAACUUGAUUUUUUCUGAGAGUUCUUUUCAUUUCUCGCUUUGUUGUACAAAGCGAAGUGA